AUGCCCGCCAAAGCACUGCGUACCCAUUAUAAGAUCAAACACCUCUACAACGACAUGGAACCUUUCAAACUAGAGCGCGAUAAGAUCAAGACGCUGAUAACACCGACGAUGGAUCCAGCAUGGACGAAGAAACGUAAAGAAAUCAUUGAAAACCUGCAAGCUAUUCACAUGAUUGCGUACCGCGACACUACGAUACGGGAUCCCAUUCGUGUCAUGCAAAUCGAACGACUUGCUAUACGAGCCAUUAAUGGAAUGCUCGAAGAAGACAACCAGCGCGGUUUUUUCAUUCAGGGAUUGGCAUCAGCGUGUGCGUGCGCAUCUGGCCAAGACACCGGUCGAGAGACUAUGGUGGAUGUCUGUAAUAGUGAGGACAGCGGUGUGCUGGAACCUGAGUAA